CAGCGCGCGUCGUGGCGCAAGAGAGCGGAAAGUGGUGGCACGCCGCGGAUAUACAUUUGAACUUGCGCGCUUUUGAUUUAGUCGGUUACGCUACGCACGUGACCGAGGUGCGCGCCCAAUCAGACGGAGCUCGGCCGGAAUUUCUAGGAAUCGUUGUUUGGUCAUCGUUUCUUAAAAUAAUCUCCUCUGGCGGACUUCAUUUUACUAAGUUUGUGCUCAGUUUCUGGAAGCAGCUUCGGUUGGCAAGUCUGUUCCUGACAUAUCUUUAUCCACAAAAUACUUCUAGUGAAAGUUCGAAAAAGUUUCGACAAGUGCUGGGGAAUAGUUUACUGUUUAUUUCAUUCGCUAAAGUGAACUGUGUAUUAGUGAUGACCUUGAUAGCUUUCAGAGUUUGAUUGGAGUAUAUUAUGUUGUUUAAGGAACUCGAGAACUUCUACUAGAAAUAUAUAUAAUCAUGGAUGAAAACAAUUUAGAUAACGCGAUUCAAAAUGAUGAGGCCACAAGAGAUAGCAGUAACUUGUUGAGUGAUGUCAUUGAAGUCAUUGCUACAGACCCGGACUUUAGGGAGUCCAACAAUAGUCAGCAAAGCAACACGAUGUUCAACGGAGGCGGCGAAAUAUCUCAGCAGCAGCAACAACCGGCCCUACAGCCGCCAUCUGCCGCUCAGCAGCCAAGAAGGCAGCCUUAUGUAAGGAUAAUCGAACAGCCUGCCUCAAAGGCGCUCAGGUUUCGAUAUGAAUGCGAAGGAAGAUCCGCGGGAUCUAUUCCAGGAGCUUCCAGCACUCCAGAGAACAAGACUUUCCCGACAAUACAGAUCGUCGGUCACCAAGGCAGGGCCGUCGUUGUAGUUUCCUGCGUUACAAAGGAUGCGCCCCACAGGCCUCAUCCCCAUAACUUAGUAGGUAGAGAAGGCUGUAAGAGAGGAGUAUGUACGUUAGAAAUACCGACCGACACAAUGACUGUACAUUUCUCGAAUUUAGGCAUUCAGUGCGUAAAGAAAAAAGACAUAGAGCACGCUCUGCGAGUUCGAGAAGAAAUUCGAGUUGACCCUUUCCGAACUGGUUUCGGGCAUCGUAAUCAACCCACAUCGAUAGACUUAAACGCGGUGAGAUUAUGUUUUCAAGUGUUUCUGGAAGGUAACACCCCUGGAAAAUUCUCCGUGCCACUACCAGCUGUCGUCAGCGAGCCCAUUUAUGACAAAAAAGCUAUGUCAGAUCUCAGUAUUAUUAAGCUAUCCGACUGUGUGAGUUUCGUAGACGGUGGAAGGAAAGAUAUCAUACUACUAUGCGAAAAGGUCGCAAAAGAAGAUAUCCAAGUGAGGUUUUAUGAAGAAAAAGGUGAUUGGGAAGCGUUUGCCGAUUUUCAGCCGUCCCAGGUACACAAACAACACGCAAUUUGGUUCAGGACGCCGAGGUACAAGACUUUAGAAGUUACGGAACCUGUGAAGGUAUUUAUCCAGCUCCGCAGGCCUUCGGAUGGUGCGACAAGUGAACCUCUUCCUUUCGAACUGCUGCCUCUCGAUUCAGAACCAGGCAUACUAAAACGAAAGAGACAAAAAAUUGACGACCCUAGCCUUAUUUUAAAGCACUUGCAGGAUGCUGACAGUAAGGGUCGUUUUUCCAUGAACAUGAUGGAUAAAAUCAAAUCUGAACCAAGAGAUUCGACUCCUUCCCCUUACGGAGGCUUAAACCCCUACGGGGGCAUCAGUCCAGGGUACGUCCCCAACCUCUCCCCUCAAAGCUACAUUGCCCAAGGCCCCACCCCGUCACCACCGGAAUACCAGUACAACAUUCCUACGAAUAAUUCCAACAUGUCGGAAGGCAGUCCGCAACCGCUGUGGAAUAGCCCUUCCACCUCGAUCGGUAUAGCAGGGGCUCUCCAGAACCCAGUUUGGAAUAUCACCUCUCCCAUCUCAAACGCAGUGCCGCAAUCUGAGAACUUACUGUUCGAUCUAGACAAUCGAGUGAAUAUAAAUUCGGACGAACUUGAUGCGACACUAAAAACUAUGGAUGUGGAGUCCACUCCACUCCCGGAGAUAGAGAAUUUGUCGUUUUCCGACAUUCCCCCCAACCAAGACCAGAAUAUGACGGAUAGCUUGACAAGGCUGGCCAACAACACGCUGGACAGUAUCUGUCAGUUGAAUAACAUGUAUCCGCCCCAAUAGUAGUUGUUUCGUACGUUUCAUAGCCAACUAGGAUCGAGCUAUUUAUUAUUCAUACUCGACGUUUACCAAAGCCUCUAAUAAAUUUAUGAUGAUAUUACACAAAUACCUACCCUCUUCAUCCCGUAUUUCCCAAAUUUUGAUAUGCUUGUUAAGAGUUUUGCAAGAGGUAUUAGUUAGUAAGUUUUUAAGAGUUGAGUAUUUCUGUGAUGAACAAAUAUAUUCUUUUUAUAUGUUAAUUACAUUAGUAAUUGUACAAAGUUUUAUAUUUUCAAUUUUAUUAGAAAAUUAUAUUUUAUAGUUUUAUAAAUAUUUGUACGAUAAUUUG